AUGUUACGUCUGGGCUUUUUGUGUUUAGCGUCGCUGGUGGGAGCUACGCCCUACUCUGGGUUCCCGUUUUCCCAGCAGCUACCAGAUGUCGCCAGAGUGGGCGAAGAAUACGCUUUCACCAUCAACAAAGACACCUAUAGAAGCGACGAAGGGGCCGUUUCCUACUCGACAGAUAAUAUGCCUGGCUGGCUUAGGUUCGACGAGUCUUCUCUCACUUUCUCUGGUAUCCCCUCUUCAUCUGACGCGACCGACUCGCUCUCCUUUGACCUGAUAGGAACAGACAGCUCCGGUAGCUUUAACCAGUCUGUGUCGAUCGUUGUUUCGAAGGAGGCCGGCCCCGAACUCAAAACUUCUAUUUUUCCGCAAUUGCAAGCCAUGGGAAACACCAACGGCUACGACGGACUUAUCAUCGAACCCCAGAAAAGUUUUGAGGUGCGGUUCUCGAACGACACGUUCCAGAUGAGCUCUGGCUCAAGCAACAACAUUGUCGCCUACUACGGCAAAUCCCUCAACAGAACUUCGCUUCCUAGUUGGUGUUACUUCGAUGAGGACACCCUCACGUUUUCCGGAACUGCUCCUGCCAUCAACUCCGACAUUGCCCCUUCCCAGGAAUUUGGCUUCAUUUUGAUCGCAACUGAUUACGAAGGGUACACUGGCACAUAUGGCACCUUUUAUCUCCUGGUGGGUGCUCACGAGCUCACAACAAAUGUGUCCGACACUUUGCAAAUAAAUGUGACAGCCGGAAAGUCGUUCAGCGUAGACGUGCCGUUGCAGGACGUUCAGCUAGACGGCCAAAGCGUCUCGUGGCAAAACAUCUCCAGCGUGAAACUUUAUGAGGCCCCGUCCUGGGUCCAACUAGACUCAAACAACCGGCUCACGGGUGACGUGCCUGAAGACCAGGAUAGCAACGAGCUGGUCAAUGUGACGGUCACCGACGUGUACGGCAACCAGGUCUUUUUAGAUUUCGAAAUUGACGUGUACUCGAACAUUUUCACUGUGAAAGACCUUCCUGACGUGAACGCGACUCGCGGAGACUUCUUCGUGUAUUCGUUGCCUUCGUCGGCCUUCUCGAACCUCAAUGAUACGAACAUUAAGGCUAACUUCUCGAAUGCUACGUGGCUGACCUACUAUUACACCAACCACUCUUUUGCCGGUCUUGUCCCCGACACCUUCGGCAACCUGAAAGUGACAAUUGAAGCUACCAUGAACAGUCUUGAUGACUCCAGAGAGUUCAAUAUCAGAGGGAUCGGAACCGUGCAUUCUACUAGCAGCUCGCAGAGUAGCUCCUCCACGGCCAGCUCUUCUUCCAGCAGUGGUUCACAUACGGGCAUGUCUACAUCCUCGGUUUUCGCGUCUCCGUCUGCAACUUCAGGCUCUGGUUCGAAGGCCGGAUCGUCUAACAAGAAAAACCUGGCCAUUGGUUUGGGUGUAGCCCUUCCGUUGGCAGCUAUUUUGGGCGCGCUGCUGAUCUUCUUUUGCUGCUGGCGGAAACGCAAGUCGAAUAAUGACGAGGAAGACGACAAGGCUAAAAAGAGCACGUUCUAUAUUAACCCUCAAGGAACAGCAGAGACGCUCAAAAAUGACGCCGAGGGUGAUAACGCUAAACGUCUUUCGGCGCUCAAUGUUCUCAAACUGGAUGAGUCUGGUGUGCGCGACGACUCUUCCUCGCUAACCAACGUCGAAAGCAAUCACUCGCGUUCCCAUUCCCUAUACAACGAGGCCAUGAAUCACCAGAGCACCGACGAGCUUAUCUCUGGCCGCUCGCAGAAAAUCACCAAAUCGUGGCGCAAUGGCGCCUCUGAAUGGAAGCCUCGAGACUCGCUUACGUCACUGGCUACUGUGGCCACCACCGACCUGCUGACUGUCAGAGUCGCGGAUGAUCCCAACAUGCAGCGCAAGUCGCAGAGCAUAUUCAUGAACAGAAACUCGUCAUAUGCCUCUUCUGGUUCUGGAAACUACGUGAACUAUGGCCAAUCCUCGUCGAGCGAGUACGUGGAUGCGACAGAUCGUCCGCGUGACUUGACAACGCUGGACGAAGAGUUUGGUCGCGAGUUUUCUGACUCGACGCUCAGCAAAACCAGCGCAAAGUUCGUGGACGUUCAACGUAAAGGAUCCGAAGCCGUCAAUCUGCCAAGGGAUGAGCGGUCGUUUGAAGGAGUGAUCGAAAGCACUUACAACGGCUCGAUGCUGUGA